GAUCUAGGUUUUCAAGUAGUUCUUCUAAGGUCCGAAAUCUGCCACCAGUUUCAUUCAAUCCAAUGCAAUAUCAGGGCAUUAGUUAUGAAGAAGCUAAAGCAAUCAGAGAGAAAAACAUAGCACAUUCUAUACCUGCUAUGUAUAAGGAACCUAUAAUGAUAACGCAAGGAUUUAUGCAAUGGGUAUGGGAUCAAACAGGAAAACGUUAUCUAGAUAUGUAUGGAGGCAUUGUUACUGUGAGUGUGGGUCAUUGUCACCCGAAAGUUACUGCUGCUGCUAUUGAUCAGCUUCAAAAGCUAUGGCAUGUAACCAAUAUAUACUUACACCCGAAGUUACAUGAGUAUGCUGAAAAAUUAACAAAUCGACUGCCUGGAGACUUAAAAGUAUGUUUCUUUUGUAAUAGUGGAUCAGAAGCAAAUGAUUUAGCCAUGAUGCUUGCCAGAAUUUAUACAGGUGCCUUUGAUAUCAUUUCUUUGAGAAAUGCCUAUUUAGGUAAUAGUCCAUAUACAACAAGUUUAUGUGGCUUGGGUUCAUGGAAACAUUCAUUUCCUAAUGGAUUCGGUGUCCAUCAUGCAAUGAAUCCUGAUCCAUAUGCAGGUAUUUGGGGUGGUUCAAAUUGUAGAGAUUCUCCCAUUCAAACAGACAGAGAAUGCAAUUGUGGUGUUGGGAAAUGUCAAGCUUGUGACAAAUAUAUAUCUGAACUCGAAAACCUUCUUUCAAGUUCUGUGCCAAACAAAGUUGCUGGUAUGUUUGCAGAAAGCAUACAAGGAGUCGGUGGCACCGUCCAGUAUCCAAAAGGAUAUCUCAAGAAAGCACAAGAAAUAAUCAAAAGCCAUGGAGGAGUUUUUAUAUCUGAUGAAGUUCAAACUGGAUUUGGUAGAACUGGAGAGUUUUGGGGAUUUCAAAGCCAUGCUGUUACCCCAGAUAUUGUAAGUCUUGCCAAAGGUAUUGGAAAUGGAUUUCCUCUUGCAGCAGUAAUUACAAGGCAUGAAAUUUCCGAUUGCUUGAACCACGCACUAAAGUUCAAUACGUAUGGUGGAAACCCUGUUGCAUGUGCGAUUGGUUCAGCUGUGCUUGAUGUAAUUGAUGAAGACAAGCUUAUGGAAAACUGUCGCCAUGUUGGAAAUCAUCUUCUUCAUUCUCUUUCAAAACUUCGGAAGAAGUAUGAAAUUGUUGGAGAUGUUCGAGGAAAAGGAUUAAUGAUUGGAGUUGAAAUGGUUACUGACAAGGAAUCCAGGAAACCUUUGUCCAAAUCUGCAAUGGAUACUAUCUUUGAAGACACUAAAAAUUAUGGAUUACUGCUUGGGCUUGGGGGACAUCAUAAAAAUGUUUUCAGAAUUAAACCUCCUAUGUGUAUUACCAGAGCCGAUGCAGAUUUUUGUGUAGAAGUUUUAGAACAAGCAAUAAGUGAUUUUAUGAAAAAGUAAUCAAGAAGUUAUGUUGGUAUUAUAUAUAUAUAUAACUUUGUGAUUUUAAGAUUUUGUUAUGAUUUUUGUAUGCAUCAAAUAAACUACAUUUAUUUUGUUUUCUAAAUAAAGUAUGUUUUAU